GCUUUCACAAAUCACAGCACUUCCCUCCUCCUCCUCCUCCCCCCUCAACUAACUCCCAAAAAUCACAUACACUCCAAUCAAUACGUACACUUCUAUAUGUAUCUAUAGCCUCUCUCACACAUACACAUAAUCUCUCUCUUUCUCUCUCUAUUCUACAAAAGAACUCAGUCUCUGCCACACACAUAUACAUCACAGAAGUAGCUGUUUCCUCCGCCCAGCAGUUGCAGCGCUGCUCUUUGCAGCUGCUGCUUCUGCCACUUGCAGGCCCCUUUUUUUAUAUUAUAUUACAUACACACAUAUAUAUAUCUGUAUACUGUGUGUGUAUGUAUGUAUAUUUCUUCUCUUCUAUGUAUGUAUGUAUGUAUUUUAUUAUCCAGAGGAAAUCUGGAUUAAGAGUUGAUUUUUGUUUGGAUAAUUAAAAUAAAAUAUUUUGAAUAUAUAUGUGUAGGGUGUUGUGGGUAGCAUUCGUGUUCGCAGAAUGGUAUUAAUAGAGCUUAAAUACUCAGAUACAUAAAAAGUUCUGAUUUGAUAUAUACAGACAGAGAAAAGAAAAGCAAUCCCAUUUUUAGUGAGAGAAAGCUAAUGCAGUGAGUGCGCUGCUAAGUUGAAAAGGGUUCGAGUAUGAUGUGCGGAUUAAUCGAUUUGAAUACCGUGAACAAUGAAGAAGAUACGGCGUCACUAUCUGGUUCUCCUUCGUCGUCGUCGGCCUCGGGGAACUUCGAAUUCGCCGCGGCUUCUUCGACGUCGGUCUGUAUGGAGCUGUGGCACGCAUGCGCCGGGCCGCUGAUUUCCCUGCCUAAGAAAGGGAGUGCUGUCGUUUACUUUCCUCAGGGGCACGUGGAGCACCUCCCGGAGCAUCCUGCCGUAGCUUAUGAUCUCCCUCCCCACGUAUUUUGCCGCGUUGUUGAUGUUAAACUCCAUGGGGGCGCAGCUAGUGAUGAGGUUUAUGCACAAGUUUCACUCGUUCCAGAUCAACAGAUUGAGCAAAAAUGGAGGGAGGGCAAAAUAGAAGCAGAGCUUGACGAUGAAGAUCCUGACGGCAUAGGGAAGGCUAUGACACCCCACAUGUUUUGUAAAACUCUCACUGCUUCUGAUACCAGCACUCAUGGUGGCUUCUCUGUUCCUCGUCGUGCUGCUGAGGAUUGCUUUCCUCCUCUGGAUUAUAAGCAACAGAGACCUUCACAGGAGCUCGUGGCUAAGGAUUUGCAUGGAAUUGAGUGGAAAUUUCGGCAUAUCUACAGAGGUCAGCCUCGAAGGCAUUUGCUGACAACUGGUUGGAGUGCAUUUGUCAAUAAGAAGAAAUUGGUUUCUGGAGAUGCCGUGCUUUUUCUGAGAGGUGGUGAUGGAGAACUCAGGCUUGGAAUUCGUAGAGCUGCGCAAGUUCAAAGUGGUGCUACCGUCCUCCCUCCUGCUAGCCAACAGUUCAAUGCUAGCACUCUUGCCGCUGUAGUCAAUGCCAUUUCCAUGCGAACUACUUUUACCAUUUGCUACAAUCCAAGGGCCCGUUCAUCUGAGAUUAUUGUACCUUACCAUAAAUUCUCCAAGAGCCUUGCACAUUCUUUUUCAUGUGGAAUGAGGUUCAAAAUUCGUUGUGAAACAGAAGAUUCAUCUGAAAGAAGGUGCAGUGGCGUCAUUAUCGGGGUUACUGAUGUAGACCGUGCAAGAUGGCCUGGUUCAAAGUGGAAAUGCUUAAUGGUCAGAUGGGAUGAUAUGGAGGUAAAUCGCCUUAAUAGGGUUUCCCCUUGGGAGAUUGAGCCAUCAGGUUCUAUGCCUGGAACCAACAGCUUCAUAUUACCAGGCACCAAGAGAAGUAGGGUUGGCUAUCCUGCAGCAAAGCUGGAUCUUCCUGUUACCCGAGAUGGGAAUGAAGUUUCAGAUUUUGGGGAGCCUUUGAGGUUCCACAAGGUCUUGCAAGGUCAAGAAGUAUUUGGGUUCAGUACUCCAUAUGCCGGAGCUGAGGCUUCCAGGCAGCACCCCUCAGACAUGAGGUGCUAUCCUGGUGUUGGCGGUACACGAAUUCGUAUAGGGGGAAAUAGCUUCAGGCAUCAUCAAGCAGAUGCUCGGAAUUCGUCAGAGCAUGCUGUAUUAGGUGAAUCCUUUCAAUUCCAUAAGGUCUUGCAAGGUCAAGAAACUGCAUCAAUCCUGUCAUAUGGAAGAGGCCCAGAAGCAAACCAGGUGCAGGAUAAGAAUGCUGCUAAUGUAAUUACAGGUGUUAAGGUUCCAUGUCAUGGAAAUAGCUGGUCCACUCUGACCCAGGUUUACAAUACUAAUACUCACCCUUCACCAUCUCCGCCUUCUGCGCUAUUGUUACAGCAAUCCAGUUCUCCACCCUCUCAAUUCACGUCAUUGCAUUAUGGCAACCAGAAUAAACUUGAGACCUGCAAUAUGGACUCAUUCUGUGUUCCUCAAAGAAUUCUGAAGAAGCAUGCAUCUUUGGAUAGUAGCUCUAUGCGGGAAGAUCUGCAAGGACUCGGAUCCAUGGGGGGUUUGGAUGAGCACAGACACACUGCAUUUCCACAUCUUCCUGUUCCAACUCAACCAUUCUUUAGAGAUAAUCAGAAUUUGGUUUCGAUUUGUAAAAGCAGUUGCAGGCUCUUUGGAUUUCCCCUCACCGAGGGAAAAGUUACGGCAGGCAAGGGUGACAAUCCAGCUGCAUCUGCUUCAGCAUAUGCUCAUGAAACAAAUGUUUUGCCUCACAACGAAGAACAGCUGUAUCAACCUCCACUAAUGGCCAAGGUAAUUGUAAGCAGUUGCACUAAAGCAAGCGACAUGCACGUCGUGAGGGACAGGCUUCUUGAUAUAGCACUCUAGUUCAUAAAUGCUGAAAAGUUGGUGGGGAUCAAGCGGAAAAGAAGUGCCGAACAGCACGUAUGGAUCACCGAUAUGCUGUUACCAGUUGUUCUAUAUUGGAUUUACAAGAUGAAGAGAUGGAAGAAUGUUGUUUGAGUGAAGAUAUAUAUGAUGGUGGUUGUUGAAGGAUGGCCGAGGUUUGCGUCUGCAAGUUAUUCUAGUAGCUAAAUAACAAUGCUCUUAAGCGCCAAAAAUAUGUUGUGUAUUUAUUUACCUUUGAUGUUUUUACUUAUGUAUUUUCAGGGUUGUAAUGUGUUUUGGAUAUAAUCAGUGUCGAAACAAUGGCACUGGCAAUCUUUCAUAAGUGUAAUUAAAUCAGAUGGGGUAUUUUCUUUUC